AUGUGCGCAGAAAACACUAUUACACCUGAAGCAGUAAUAUGGACGCCACCAAAACAGGGCUGGUACAAAGUUAACACAGACGGGGCAACAUUCGAUGAUAUCAAGUGCUGUGGCGUUGAGGUGGUUAUCAGAAAUGAGAGAGGCGAAUUAAUGGGAGCUCUGAGUAAGAAGUUUGGGCUGCCUUUGGGUGGCUUGGAGGCGGAAGCAAAGGCAGUUGAGGAAGGUGUGGCGCUUGCAUGGGACCUCGGAUUAAAAGACGUAAUUAUUGAAAGUGAUGCUCUGUUGGUGACAAACUCCCUGGAAAAACAGAGUGUGAUGCCGAGUUCAAUAAGGAAAGUGGUCGAAGGAAUUUUGGAGAGAUUGAGGAAGUUUAAUACCUGGGAUGUCAACCAUACCUGUAGGAGCAGCAAUAUCGCAGCUCAUAUCAUGGCUAAGCAAGCCAAAUUUCUGAAUGUGUGUAAUAUCUAG